GGAAAGGAGUUUCGGAAAAUUCACACGAGUUAGUUUUAGUUUCUCAUUAACUUCUAGAAAAACGUUGAUUUUUCUUAUUGAAAUUUUCUACAAACACAUUUCAGACUAUAUAAAUUACUAUUAUAUCGGAAAUUAAUAUGAAAAGAAAAAGAAAAAGAAAAAAAAAUAGUGGGCUCGCACACAUUCAUGCUGACACAUGUCACGUACAUCUACAAAAUGAAACUUGAAAUUUCCAAGAAAAAUUGCGAUGUGUGGCAUAAAAUGUCAUUGAAUCUACUACUUCUAGUCUGCCUUAUUUUGAAACAAAUAGGAAAUAAUCUAAUAGAUACCAAAACUAUAAAGAUAAUCCCUGCAAAGAAAAUAUUUAAAGAAGUCAGAGCUGUCCAAGCAGUAAAAUGUAUUAACAAUGACACUGGUUCAGAACAUAAUGGCACCAGUGCAUUUUUUUACCAUAUCUUAUGCAAAAAAUCAAAGUCCAUUACAGUAAAGUUCAAAACUGCAAACAUCACUGGAACCUCAACAGAAAUGAUGUCAGAGAUAUCAAGAGAUUGCAAACAAACAAUCUCAAAGUUUAAUGCAACUGUCUUGAGAGUGCAUACAGUUGAGGUGCUUUUCUCAAGUGAGAAACAAACUAGUUAUAAAAUCAGUUGCAUAAAUGAGAAAGACAAAACUGAGGCAUACACUCGUGUUCAAUUUGGAUAUUCGCCAAGUGUAGCAUCUGUCCAUAUCGAGAGAAAUGUCUCUGACUAUAUAAGUAUAUCUGUUACUCCUCGUACCUAUGGUAAAAAUGAACUUUUGGCAUCCUGGAAUAUUUCAUGUCAGUGUUCUACGGUAUUGAAAAUUAAGUGGAACCCUUGCAACAUAAUAAGAAAUGAUGGAACUUCGGCCAAGAUUUACUGUAAUGCUAAGUAUUUCUACUCUUUCAACAUAACAGGAAUUGGGCUGUUUGGUACAUACUCCAAACUGUACAAUUACUCAAUCAGAAAAAUACCAGUAAGACUUCCACCUUUUGAAAAUAUAAUGAAAAGAGUUUCCCAAUAUUCAAUUCAUUUAAGCCUCAAUCUUUUGAGUACAGUAGAGGUUUACAGUCUAAGGAAGGAAUACCAAGUUAUGUAUAGGUCUGAAAGAGAUCCUGAAGGCACCUGGAAGACUGAAAGUUCGUCCUCUAACAAAAUAGAAUUAAAUAAUUUGCGCCCAUUUACAAAGUACUCCAUCUUAGCCUCUGUGAGAGAAAGGCAUAGUACAAUUUGGAACAAAAAUGUGAGCUUGAUAAUAAAGACCAAAUCUGCAGCUCCAUCUUCACCACCAUCAACAACAGAUGGCAAUUAUUUUGAUUUGAAGUGUUCUAAUACCAGCAAAAGAUGUCUCAGUGUGUUCUGGCAGAGUUUACCUGUGGAAUUCAGGAAUGAUAUUCUAACAGGAUACUGUGUCCAAUACAUUGAUGGAAGUUCAUCAACUAAUAACACUGAACAAUGCCUGGAUUCAAACAAUUUAAUAGUUGACUCUUUAUAUAAAGAUUUUCAAGAUCUUCCAAGGAACCAAACACUUACAUUUUCCAUUGUGGCAGUAACCAAAAGUAAAAGAAUGUCUCAACCUGCAUUUAUACAGGUGAAAAACACAGCCCCAAGGAAGCCUACAGCAGUUUAUGUGAUGAGAAUAAGUGCUGAAAUAUACAACAUAACUUGGACAACUGAACAACCCCAGGAAAGUGUUAAUGUAACUGUGUUUUGGUGCCAGAAUAAGAUAAUUGUCUCUUCUGAAAUAGAAUGCAAAGACUAUGUCAAAUGGAAAACACUUGUGAAUGAAAGUUAUCUGUUGGUAAAUUACAGUGCAGAACAAAGUCCUGUUUUUGCUGCAUACGUUAGCACAGAAAAAGGAAGCAGUUCUUUAACAAACGCUGAAUGUAUAUUUACACCAGGAAAACCCAUGAAACCUCGGACACCUAGUAUCAGUUGGUCACAAACUAAGUUUUCUCUUACAUGGCCUACUCUGCAAUGUCCGGACUGGAAUGGUAUACCCAUUGCUUAUGUGCUGCAUUAUGCAGAUGGUAAGAGUUGUGAAAAUGCUACGAAGAAAGAAUUUCCAGUGAUUGGAAUAAAAGCAGCUGAAAAUGAUGUUGUCAUCAAUGGCCUAUCACCAGGCACGGAAUAUUCAGUAUGUAUACAAGUGAAGACAAAGCAUGGACUAAGUCUAAUGAGUGACACCAUAACAGGAGUAACUAAAGACACAGAAUUUGUAAUACUGGUUGCAAUAAUUGUGCCUAUAUCAGUGUUUGUAAUACUAGCAAUACUACUAUGCGUAAAACAAUAUUAUUCUAGAUACAACAAAUAUAAGAAGCAAAUUAGUAUUGAAUAUGUAAGAGUGGAGUAUGGAAUUAAUUCUGCUGAGUACCAUUAUGCUGAUACAAUUAGAGGAGAAAAUAGCAUCCAUGAACUACAUUUUGGAAUUGCCUGUGAAAAUCUAGUGGUCAAUACUCCUCCAGAAAAUCAGACAACAGGCUAUGAUUCCAUGGAAACUUUAUCUGAAGACAGUUUACCAACUGAUGCAGCAAACCAUAUUCCAAGCUAUAUUCAAAAUAAUGAGCUACAAGACAAUGCAGAAAAUUGUACUUACGAAUCAUUUGCUUUAAGUGAACAUCUAACUAAACCAGUUCCUACAUGUGUGAAUGGUAACAUGAAGGGAAAUGUCUCCAGUAGAACAGCUUAUGCUGAUGAACCAGAAAGUUCCUUCAAUGAGCUUUCAUCUGCAUCAGUUCCCAUAUGUGUGAAUGGUAACAUGAAAGAAAAUGUCUCCAGUGACCCAGAUUAUGUUGAUGAACCAAAUGAUCUUAACAAACUUGUAUCUAAUUCUAUUCCUCCAUGUAAAAAUACAAACAGUAAUGGGAGUAUCACAGAUUAUAUAUUCUCUGAACCAGAUUAUAUUUCAGAAAUCCCCGAAGAAAGCACUAACUCUUAUAAAAGUAAACCUUUGAAAGGACAAAUUUUACAAACUGAAAAUAAAGAAAGUGAUCAGAUAGGAACUUCAACGUUUAAUGGUAGAACAGACGAAGAAAAUGUAAAAGUGAAUUGUAAUGAUGAUUAUGUACCACAUGAGCACGUUGUAGAGGCUAUGGAAUCUUCAUUAGAUGAGGUUCAAGACAAAAAUAUUCAAAAAGAAAGACAAGGAAUAUCUCAAAAUUCAAUGAAUUCUUGUAAUCUUGUAAAUACUAAUGUUCAUAAACCAUCAGAUUCUUUGCAAAGAGUAGAUAAAAAAUUGAAUAAAUUACAACAAAAAGACACACAACAAAAACCUGAUACAAUAGAUUAUGUCAAAACAGAAAUUUACUUAUGAUUAACUUAAUGAGGUUUAAAAGAAAAAUUCAUUGAAAUGUGAGAUUUUUUAUAUAAUGUGAUUACCAAAAAAAAAUUAUAUCUUUUAGCACAUGACUAAAGAACACAGUUCUUUAUUCAUGUGUUAAAAAUAUGCAUAUUCCAAGAGUCAAGUCAGCAAGCAUUUAUUUAUCAAUUUAUCAAAUGUUACCAAGAAUGUUCCAGAGAUGACUAUCCAGCCUUUUAUGGGGGUCAGGAAAUUUUUUUUGUUUUCAAAUUUUUCUACCAUAACAUAGAAAGUGUUUCACUUGAGACUCUCUCAUCUUUUUAUUUUUUUUACAAAAUCAGAAGUUUCCAUUUCAAAUUUUCCAGCUAUGACCAUCCUGUUCUUUUUUAUAUUUAUAAAAAGAUGCAAGCAGAGCGAUGUGAUAAGAAGUUUUGCUUCUCAGCAAUAUAGUUUCAGGUUCAGAUCCACUGCAUGGCACCUUGGGCAGUUGUCUUCUACUGUAGUGCUUGGCCAAUCUAAGCUUUGUGUGUGGAUUUGGCUGACAGAAACUCUGUGUGUGUAUGUGUGUGUGUGUGUGCGGUAACGGGAAGGGCAUCUGGCUAUAGAAAAUCCACCUCAACAAAUUCAAUUCAACCCAUGCAAACAUAGAAAAGUGGACAUUAAAACAAUGAUGAUGAUGUUGAUGAAGAACUAAAGCAUUCAAGCCAUGAUUAUCCCACCUUUUUACAAUUUCAAAUUUCAACUCAGGGGUCACAGAAAACAAAAUUAAUAAUAAUAAUAAUAAUAAUAAUAAUAAUAAUAAUAAUAAUAAUAAUAAUAUUAAUAAUAAAAGAAUAUAAAUCAAAAUUAAAAAUAAUUAAUAUAAUUUACAAAAAAAAAAAAAAACUCCCACCUGAUCUAUUUCACUGUAUGCAGUCCAUUCAUUUGACCUUAUCUGAGAACGUGGCAGCAGUCUGUUUGGUUCUGAUAUAACUUUUUGUGAUUGAGGACAAGUACAGCAAAAUAUCUCUAGAUAUGAUUCUACAUUAUUUAUUUUGAAUUAUAUUGAUCUCUGCAUUCUUGUGCAUACUGACAAAAGCAUCUUUUUUGAUUCUUCAUAAAAAUGUAUUUAUCAUUUUGAAUUGAAUUUUGAAUUUGGUUAAUUUUGAUUCAUAAGGGUCCAUGUGGUUAAGCAGUUCACUUACCAACUGUAUGCUUUCCGGUUCAUUCCCACUGCUUGGCACCUCGGGCUAGUGUCUUCUUCUAUAGCCUUGGAACAACCAAAGCCUUGUGAGUGAAUUUAAAAGAGAGAAACUGAAAGAAGAUCAUCCUAUAUGUAUAUAUAUAUAAACGUGUGUGCAUGCUUGUGUGUGUAUUUGUUUCAUUAAGGAAUAAAUUAUAAAUCAGCAUCAAUAUCGUACAACUGACAUCUCAUAUCAUUAUCACUCUUCCAUAGAAAACAUGUCUGGCCUGGGCAAAUAUUACCUUGUUUGUAAAAAGGGUUGGGUUGGGGACAGGAAGAGCAUCUGGCUGUGGAAAAACCUGCUUCAGCUAAUUCCAUCUAAACAAUGCAGGCAUCGAAAGAUGGUUGUUGAAGAUGAUUGUCUUGGAAUCUGAAUUAGAAACUAAAAGAUCACAGUUAGAAUACUUUUGUUGUAAAUAAUAUGAAAGAAAAAUCUCUGAAUCUCUGGAAAAUAUGGUUUACUGAUUAUGGUUGAAGAAUUUAAAAGAAAAAAUAAACUCUCUGAUCCCGAAAAGAUGAGAUGGUCACAGAUAAAACAUUUUGAAAACAAUGAUGAUUAUGAUAAUGAUUCAUUUUCACUUAUGAGAAAAAUAGUUUCUGGUUCCAUAAAAAAAAAAUAGGAUGGUUGAGAUUAAAAUAUUAUCAUUCUUUGGAGUGCUUAAUUAGCAUAAAUAAAUAAAUUCUGAUUCUUUGAUUACCAUUGAGAUUUGCAUAUUUUUCAUGCAUUUGCAAAGAAUGAUUCUGAAAAAUAUCUAUUUUGAACCAUAAAGGAAAGAAUCCUAACAAACAACAACAGAGAUUCAGUCAACUUUGUACUCAGCACAGUCUUGCAACACAGUUGCAUGUUACUGCACAGUUUCACUGAAAAUCCACGAAAACGACGACUAGACUGGUAACUGUACCAUUGACCCCGGUCAAUAUUUUAUUUUGUUGUCACUAUGUCUGACUUUACAGGACAGUUGUCUCAAUUUUUUUUUUUUUGUAUUGAUUGGGGUACAAACAGUCUUAACCACAGCUGUUUGUAUCCUUUUUCUAAAAAUCAAUAAUCUUGUAAUAUAAACAUAAUUUUAUUUGUUCUACAUAUGUAAAAAAAAAAAACCAUGAAAUAUGCUUGUUGUUCUUUUUCUCCUUUUUUCUUAUUGCUGUUUAACUUGGUUCUAGGCAAAUACCUCUGCUGUAAAUUCCACCACAGAAAAUUCCACAGAAAAUUCCACAGAAAAUUCCACAGAAAAUUCCACAGAAAAUUCCACCACAAUGAAUUUCACAAUAGGUAAAAUCCACCAUGGUAAAUUCCACCCGCUAAUGAUCACCAUUGUCAGUUUCUCUAGACUGUGGGUCUGUCUAUCUCUCAAGUCUUAAGAAGAGAGAGAGAGAGUCUGAAGGUGAGAUAGAAAAUAAUCUUUAUAAUCUACUUGAAUGAAAUGGAAUUUACUGGUCACCAUUUAUGCUAGGGAAAAUGCUUAGCAGCAUUUCAUCCAACUACGUUCUGGGUUCAAGUGCUGCCAGGGUUAACUUUGCCUUUCAUCUUUUCAUUCAGGUGUUGAUAAAAUAGAGUUAAUCUCUAGUUUGUCACCCGGUCAUAAAAAUAAAAAAUAAUAGUGUAAUCGGUGUAACACAAUGUGUAGUAAUAGACUAGAGAAGAAGAGAUUGAUGAUGAUGCAUUGUUGCAAGUCAUUGAAGCCGAUCCAAAGCAAACUGCACGCCAACUUGUGGUACAGUUUGGCAUCUCCCAUGUCACGAUCAUCAACCACCUGCGUCAUCUCGGCAAGGUCAGCAAGCUUGGAAAAUGGGUGCCACAUGAAUUAACUGAAGCGAACAAACAAGCACGUGUCACUGCAUGUCAAAGUCUGCUCUGGCGAAGCCAAAGAUUCGAUUGGUUGGAGUCAGUAAUUACUAUGGAUGAAAAGUGGGUACUGUACUCCAAUGUGAGGCGCAGACGAUCCUGAUGUAGCAAAGGUCAACAGCCAAAACCUUCGCCAAAAAGGACCGCUUGUGCAAAAGAAGGUUAUGAUCUCAGCUUGGUGGGAUUGCUGUGGUGUGAUCAUGUCGGAUCUUUUUCCACGCAGUACCACCAUUGACAAGGAUGUCUACUGCGACCAUCUAAAGAUCAUGCUGGCCGAAAAGCACUCAAAUUUGAAGAAGAUAAUUUACCACCAAGACAACACGGCAGCACAUCAUGCAAAGAAGACAUCAGAGAAGCUGAAAGAGGCGGGCUGGGAGAUUAUGGUGCACCCACCAUAUUCUCCUGACCUUGCCCCUUCUGACUACCACUUAUUCUCUAUCUUACAAUGCGUGAUUGGUGAUACAGAGCUCAAAAACGAAGAAGAUGUGAAAUCGUUCCUUUACGACUUUAUUGAUUCAAAGCCAUGCAAUUUCUGGAUGAAAGGAUUCAAAACUUUGCCUGAAAGAUGGCAAAAGGUGAUCGAUAACGAGGGUGAUUACCUUUUGGAUUGAUUGUUUUUUGUUGUUUUUAUAAUUGUUAAUAAAGUAAUAUGUUAAAAGUA